AUGGCUGCGGCGCAGCUGCCGAGCGACCUCGCUGGGGCCUGCCAUGCGUCAGCUUUGCUCCUCGCGCAGCAUGGACAAGCUCUGCAGCAGGUACUAGCAAGCUUACAGGCGGUCCUGGCUCAGGCUGCAAAGGCCGCUGAGGUGCCCAGGCCAGACAGCGACUGCAGCUUAACCUCCAGACAGCAGGAGAAGAAAGUGGACGAGCCGCUAGAAGUUGUCGUCGAGCCAAGCUGCGGAGGAGACACAGGGAAGAGUUCGAAGCACACCGGGAAGCCUGUUGAGACAACUUCUGCUGCAGAACAGACUUGGACAGUGUCCCCACAGCGCAACGGCUGUGACGGCUGUGUGGCGUGCACGCCCUGUGCACCACCGGCUCAGCAGGCUCAGCAGCCCCAGGUAUCUUCAGGAUGUCCGAGCUGCCCCCAGCAAGCAAAGGGUUGCGGCAAAGGUCGAGGAUGGGAACCAUGGCCCAAAUUCUACGAUCCGGAGCCGCGUUUUGAUGGUUGGACCAGCCUGGAGUGGAAGGAGUGGGUCUCUUCCAGCUGUGGCUCUCGGUGGUGCCACAACAAGAAAGCCGAAGCCGACAUGCUAGCAGAUUGGAUGGUGGCCUGUCUUGAUAUGCACAGAACCAUCAGGGAUGCCCGGCUCCGUGAGUGCAAGCCAAGCCGAGCCUCCUUGCGACGCCUAGCUGUUCUGUCAUGCAUAUCCCUGGCUCGGCCUAGCAGGGCAAGAGCGGAACGGCCGAAGGGGCCGAAGGGGCCGAAGAAUACAGCCAAAGUUGCUCUCAUAACAGGGGCAUCGACAGGAAUCGGCAGGGCGACAGCGCAAGAGCUGUGCCAAAGCAGCUUGUAUUCAAAAGUUUUCCUUGCAGGGCAUAACGAAGCAAAGACCAAAGCGACUAUUGACGAGAUAUGCUCGCCUUCAAAGCUGGAGUAUCUCCCGUUGGAGCUUUCUUCCUUUCAAUCAGUUCGGCAAGCCGCCAAACAGUUCCAGGAUACCGGGUUACCUUUGCACACCUUGGUUUGCAAUGCGGCCGUGAUGGCGUUGCCACAGAGGCAGGUGUCCGUUGAUGGCAACGAACUCCAGCUCGAAGUCAACUACCUCAGCCACUUCUUGCUCGUUAACUUGUUGAUACCGCAGCUUUCGAAAGCUGGAACGGAUGAUGAUCCUGCAAGGAUCAUCAAUGUGUCGUCCUCGGCUCAUUUCGUCCGGAGCCCGCUGGCCUUUGGUGACAUGGAGGACCUAAAUCUAUCAGGUCGUGAAGGCGAUAGACAUGCAUACUAUCCCUGGACGGCUUACGGGCAGUCGAAGCUUGCACAGGUGAUGUUCACCUACGAACUUGCUAAGAGACUGAAAGCUCAGAGCUUGCCGAUCGUGGCCAACGCGCUGGACCCUGGAAUAGUGGAUACCGAGCUGCAGCGUUAUCUUCCAACCAAGGCACCGGCUGCAUUGAUGAAGUUGGCAAAGACACCCGAGCGUGGGGCGGAAAUUCCGGUGCUCCUGGCGACGACGGAAGCUGGAUUGUCUUCAGGCGGAUACUGGGUCGAUGGACAGCUAUCGGAAAGCUUGGGCCGUGGGAAGUCUCCGAUGCCUAUGAACUCCGAGCUCGCUGUGGAAGGGACGACCUCCUACGAUGAAAGUGCUUGGCGGGUUCUGGACAUCGGUGGAGAGCCUGGAUUCCUUGCCGCAUCGCUUCUCGAUCGAGGUAUAGCUGUGACAGUGGUCGACGGGCAUUGGGGGAAGACGGGCAAGAGUAACGGUCACACGCAACUGCAGGAGGCGAAGGUGGAUGGCCUACCGUCACCUCAACUCCGGACUAUCUGCGCCAACUUCGACGCAGACUUCGUAGAAGAGCACAAAGACCUGGUUGAGAAUGCCAGCGCCAUUGUGUCCUUGUAUGGAGACGAAGCAACAACGCCUUGCCUGCAGUAUGCAGCCAUCGCAAAGAUACCUUGCGUGGUGAUACCCUGCAACGAAUGUGUGCGCUUCUACCCGCCCCACCAGCGCAACUACGAGGGCUAUUGUCAGGCUCUGUUGUCCUUCGCCAACGAUCAGGGUGGCCGGUUCCAGCGUGCAGCCCUGGAGGGUGCACCGUUUUCCCGUAUGCUGUUGGUGCAGCUUCCAGACUCUGACGAGUUUCGGCAGACUCGAGAGAAGCUUGAGUCGCACUGGCAGCAGACACAGCAACAGUGGCAGCAGCAGUGGCAGCAGCAGCAGCAGUGGCAACAGCAGUGGCAGCAGCAGCAUUGGCAACAGCAGCAAUGGCAACAGCAGCAGUGGCAACAGCAGCAGUGGCAACGGCAGCAGUUGCAGCAAGGCAACCAGCAACUGUGCCAACAGCAGCAAUGCCGCCACCAACAAAAUAACACCCCAAUGCAGCCUUUCCAGCAGAUGCAACACUCAAUGCAAGCUCAAACUACGAGUCCAGUUGCAGGGUAG